AAAUGAAAAAAAAAAAGUGGGGAGCCGACUCUUCUGAUUCACUAUAAGAGCCGAUGCUUUUGCGCAUUUCACAUCACUACUACGAAGCCAUGAAGUUGUUGAAUAAGGAAGAGCUGAAGGAAGCAGAGGAAGCGCUCAGACAUUACUUUCCCCAGUCGCAACAGGUAUAUGGAUAUGUUUGUAUAAUUAAUAGAAUCGAAGCUGAUCCCAUAGAUGUGCUGGUGGACCACUGGCCAGAUUUCAAUGUGCUACUCAUCAGACCAAAACGGCAGCAGAAAGCAGACACUUAUAAAAUCGUAAGCGUUUUUACCAAGGAUGAAACAACUCUCAGGAACAUAAUGAUUGGGACAGAUGUUCUUGACUGGAAGCAGUUCUUUCGUCUAAGUAUUGACGUGCGCCAUGAGGAGAUGAUGAAGGCUGUAGCAGUGAUGAGAGGGGUGCCAGUGAGUAAAAUGUAUGUUUGCCGUGUGCUGAAACUGCAGGAUCCAUCUAACCUGACAGUGGAAAGGUUACCCCUACAAGUGUCGUCACUUGACGAGUCGCACAUUCCUCUGGUCAAUAGUACAUGGAAGCUUGGCAUAGGUGAAUUCAGUGAAGGGUUCAUCAGAGACAUGAUCAUGAAUUUCCCUUCGUGCUGUGUGCUGGACUUGGAGGGUCAGCCGGUGUCAUGGAUAUUGACCUAUUCUUCCGGCGCAGUUGGAAUGCUGUACACGCUGCCGGAGCACAGACGGAAAGGCUACGCCAAAACCCUGGUCACCAUAUUGGCAAAGAAACUACAUUCAACGGGCUGCCCAGUGUACUGCUUAAUUGAGGAGGAGAACCAACCAUCCUACGGGCUCUUUACCAGUUUAGGCUUCACUGAGGAUCCGUCUUACAAGAUUACUGGUUUUAAAUUUAAUCAAAUAUGUUAAGGCUUCAUGAUGGCUUUGUUACAAGGGACAUUCCUGUUAUCAUUGCAUGAUUGUAUAUAGCCUGAUCUCAUGAAAUUUGUACAAAUUCAAAUAAAUGAGGUGAAUGUAUUUGGACUUAAUUGAAUUUCAUACCCUAAACGAACACGAACCCCACCCAUCCCGAACCUUAAAGUGGCAUAUUUCAUGCAAUUUGAAUGUCGGGUUUUAUGAAUUUGCAAGAGACCAUGUUGAUUUGAAUAGUUGUUAAAAUCUGUUUAGUGAAUAACAGCUCAAAUUACAUGAAAAGCAAUAUGCUGAAGAAAUUCGCACUAUGUUCAAUUAGAAAUGUACAUUAUAUUCUUGUAUUAGAACUCUAUCAAAAUCCUAUUAUAAAUACUAGAAAAACACGUCUAUAGUGUGUAUCAAAAUUAAAAAUAUAAAAACCUGCUUGAGUUGCAGUUACCUGAUCAAACAAUGUCUGGAGAUCACCAAUUUAAGUUACAGUAUAAUUUUAUAUCAACAAUAAAAUGCAUCAGAUGCAAUUUAAUUUA